AUCGUUGGCGUCGCCAGUUAUUUUUAUUAUGGCAUCCACUCAUUCCUUAUGCCUUAUAUCACCUGUAUUUGUUCUCACAUCGACAACAGUCGACAAUUAAACGUGUAUACCGUAGUCGAUCACGAAACGAAUUGGAACCUCAUUAUAAAGUAAAAGUUUGACCAGUGGUCCACUCACAAUGGUGAAACUAACGCCGGAAUUGAUAGAACAAUCGAUGCAAUACAUCAAUCCUGUGCGUGAUCGCGAAUUAGAUCUUAGAGGAUACAAAAUACCCACCAUCGAGAAUUUGGGAGCGACCUUGGAUCAAUUUGACACAAUAGACUUUUCUGAUAAUGAUAUACGUAAGCUGGAUGGAUUCCCACUUUUGAAAAGAAUACAGACCAUGUUUUUCAAUAAUAAUCGUAUUGUCAGAAUUGCUGAUGGGUUAGAGCAUUGCAUACCAAAUUUACAAACGUUGAUGUUAACUGGCAAUAUGAUACAAGAAUUGGGAGAUCUAGAGCCUCUGACACAAUUGAAAAAUCUUACAAGUUUGUGUCUGCUCCAAAAUCCAGUGUCGGCUAAGCCACACUACAGACAAUACGUUGUGUAUAGAUUUCCGCAACUCAAAUUACUCGAUUUUCGAAAAAUUAAAACGAAAGAACGCGAGACAGCAAUAGAAUACUUCAGAAGUCAACGUGGCAAGGAAAUGGCACGUGAAAUAGCGAAGAAGGUAAAGGCUCAAACGGCGGGCUCAGCCGCGGAUAAACCUCUGACCACACCCGAGGAACGUAACAAAAUUCGUGAAGCCAUUACAAACGCGUCUUCCUUGGAAGAGGUACAAAGGCUUAGCAAAUUGCUGCAGUCUGGUCAUGUACCAGGUGAAGAACGAUUGCAAAAUGGAAGCGGAGCUGUGGAACCUAUGGAAGAGGACGAUGAUUAAGUAACUUGCAUUCUGUGUUGUGUUUAUAAUGUAAGCCUGAAAAAAAUGAAGGGGCCUCGCAUUGUAAGUAUGCCGUUUGACGGAGAGAGAAUAGGACAUAAUACAGUAUCUAUAAUGCUGAUAAGAAAUUGUAUACUACACAGAGACCAUCUUUUUUGAAUACAGAUUUUUGAUAUAAAUAAAGAUGAAAAUUAAAAUUGUAGCCUUGAAGCGAUUUUUGAAAUUACUCCUCAUUACAUAUGAACAAUAAUUUUAAUAUAUCGAUAUGUUUAUUUCAGCGAAAUCCGAAUAAAGAGUUCCUUCAAGAA